AUGUUCGCCAAAGCCAAGGAGAUCCUCGAGAAGAGCUCAUCUAUCCGCGAGGAAGUCCACCAAGGCAACUUCAAUGGCGCCAAAGAUGUCGUCACCCAAGGUCAGAAGGAAUCAACUGGCCAGGGAGGCAAUGCCAAUGAGGCUUUCGAUAAGGGCUCAUCCGCCCGCGAUCAAGUCAACCAAGGUCUUGAUAAAGGCUCAUCUGCCCGCGAUAAUGUCAACCAAGACAAUUUCAACGGCGCCAAAGAAAAUAUCACCCAAGGUCAAUCCACUACAGAAGCGACCAGCCAGGGAGACGCCGGCGGAGCAUCGAACAGCGCUGCUGGAAUGAACAAAGAAGAUCUUAACAGGGGGAAUGUUCAGGAGUCUGGACAGAAAAUCAGCAAAGGAGGAAUUGGCCAAGACAACACAGGCACCUCCUCUACUGGCAGAACAAAUGUGGAGCAACGAGACACUGGCAACGAGAUGCGAGAAGCUGUUCAGAAGCAGCAAGACAGCAUCAAUGCAACGAACGAUUCAGGAUCUACACAGUUUGACCACAGAGGCAGUGUGGCGGCCGGAGUACUUGAACCCAACUACGACAUCCGCAAGGGCCCCAUCACCAUGCCGGGAACUUUCCAGGAAAAGAACUACCACAAUGCGAGCGGCAGAGAAACUCUCGUUCAGAGAGGAACAAGCAGCAAAGGAAUAUCUAGUCAAGGAACCGACAAGAAAGACUCUCCUCAGGUUGUGUUCGCGGGAGCAGGAAGCGGCAACAAGGACAGCUCAAGUCAAGCAAAGACCGGAAAAGCCGUCUCUGGAGGUGAUGUGAGCGAUGAAUACAUUGAAAAAGAGCUCCACGACUAUGAAAAAAUCAGCCCCGAUGUCUUCGACGAUGGAACCACCGGCAACAACCUCUCCAAGAAAGCUGGCGGCCAAGAAAAUGUUGGAAAAUACCACAUCGACAAAAAGCAACUUGAGAAGCAGGGCUCUCAGCCUUCCCAGAAAGAGGGAGCAAGCGAAGCUGCUGCUGCUGCCGCUGCCGCCGCUGCAGCUGCCGGCGGCUAUGGUGCGAGUAAAGGAGCCACCAACCAGACCUCUACCACCAGAAAACAGACAAGCAAGAGGCAUUCCGUCUCUGAGACCAACCCAGCUAGAACCCAAUACGCGAAGACUAAUGUUGCUUCUACUACUCUGGGAGAACAUGACCGUGCAAGUGGACAAGGAAAGGCCGCCUCAAACCAGGCGAACAGGGCGGGUUAUACUUAUGCCCGUGCGGUGUCAGAUCAAAGCCAUACCCCCAAGGUCCAGACAAGCACAGAGCAGUCUACCACCAGUGGAUCCAACCAACCAAGUGGUCUACGUUCUACCACCACGGGCCAGUCAAACAACGCCUUGUUCAAUACCAGCGCCACUGGAUCGAACCAAGCAGGUGUCGCCGGUGGUGGAGUUCUGGGACUUCACGAAGAUGGUAAAUAUGGCCUAUCUAGCAAUGAAAACAGCGGAGUCAACCAAGGAAGCAUUGGUGGCGGAGGAGCAACUCGACAGGGCGGUGCAUACGGUCCCUCUGUCAAUGACGACACCAACAAUCGAGCCGCCCAAGCUAGCUCCGGUACCAAGAGCAGCACUUCGAAAGUGACUUCGAAGCGCAUUGUUAGACAGCUGAGUGGCAGUGGCUACAAGGUCACUGUCCUCCAGGAGAAGGUUCAGGCUGUGUCCCAGAAAUGCAAGACCCAGCUGGGCCUAUCUUCCGGUGCGAUCAGCAAGCGCAGCCCUAACGUGGAUGCUUUCUUCGACGCUGUUGCAGCCGAACGUCUCCGCUGGAUGCCUCAUGAUGGUAGCAGACUCGACUGCAGCCUCAGAUGGGCGUCCAGACUGGCGUACGCAGUCGACGCCCUUCGACAGUCUGUCGGAGCCUUCGCACCUGCUGCCAAUGAUGCGGCAACGCUCAUCUGGGGAUUCACUAUCCUCCUCUUGGAGUCUGAUAUGGACAACACGGAUGUCUUCGAGAGCGUCUUCGGCCGAUAUGGCCGGGUCGCCGUCGGCAUUUACUUGCUUCUGCAGUAUGAGGUCGCGUACAAAUCGUCUCCUGAACUCCAGCCAGAUGUUGCUGCAGUCUUCGCAGAUUUGCUGGAGAUGGUCUGUAGCACGACCAUGAGCUGUGUCGAGGGAUUCAAGAGCAAGGAGUCCGAUCAAAUUAUCGGGCGCAAUGUUGAUGCCGCUUUCGUGACCUACGCCAAGCGCUUCUCUACCCACUGGAAUUGUGUUGUCGAUUCUCACACUGCUAAGAUUGUGGAGGAAAGCUCCCUGAUCUACUCCUCAUCCGAGCUGGGUAGUUUGCGUCAAUUCCUGGGAGUGCAGGACCGCCCUCUCCAGUUUAUCCUCGACUCCCGCGCUCAUUCGCUUGCGGAGGGAUCGUUUGAGUGGUUCAACAACUCGCUCUACGAUUUCACCGUCUCAAGCUCCCCAGUUAUGUUAAUUUCUGGUGGUCCUGGCUCAGGAAAGAGUGCGCUAGCUCAAUGGACAAUCGAAAGACUACAGGAGUCGGCUGAACAUGAUAGCUGGAAUGUUAUCCCAUACACCAUUCGUGAUGAUAUUCCUGUCGCUACCCUGCCCCUGCGCAUCCUGAAGGGUAUCCUUCACCAGAUGUUGGACCAUUCCGUCAGUGACAAGCACACCCAGGAGGCUAUCCUGGUUGAAGUCGCCAGGGCAGCCCAAGGAGCGAUCGAUGGCGCUGGAGAUGAUGCAGUUGAGACAAGCCUUUGGAGGGGUAUUCGUGCUGGUCUUGCCACGAACAUCCAGUACAUGUUUGUGGUUGACGGCAUCGACCAGAUCAAGGGUGGUCAUACCAAUGCCGUUGCCUGCUUUGAUCGCAUCUGUGAGAUUCUCUCCGAUCAGAAUGCUGGAUCUAAGAUGAUCGCUUUCACCCGGCCCCUGAGCGUGAAGUCGAGCUUCAAGGGUGUUCAGCAGUUCACCAUGCAUACCUCCCAGACCAAGACAGACAUCACAGCGUAUGUCAACAAGAUGCUUGCAUCUGGCGCCAACUUUGACACCCACAAGAGCAACCAGCUUCAAUCAGCUGUAUCUGCCAUUGUAGCCCGCUCCCAGGGCUCUUUCAGUUGGGCUGAAAUGGCAGUUGCAUACGCUAAACAGCAAAAGACCUUGAGCCAGGCUGUUUCGUGCGUUCAGGGCCUGCCGCAGUUAAUGCCUGAACUUAUUGACUUCCACUCUAAGAGCCUCGACUUCAGCCAGGAGGGUGCUGUUAAUGUUGUUUCCUGGCUCGCAGCUGCCGAGAGACCCCUUCUGGUCGAGGAAAUCGAGCAUUUGCUCAAUGUGGACCCCAAGGGCCCCAGCUACUACUCCGAUCAACCCACCAAUAGCUAUGACAUCUUGAAUGCUCUGAACCCUCUGGUCAUGGCCCGUGACGGAGUGGUCUCUUUCGCUCACACCUGCAUUCGCGACCAUGUCAUCAAGCAAGCCAAAUCAUCGGGUGGACAGUCCCAGCUGAGUAUCAAGGAUGCCCACUACGACUUGCUCACCAGGUGUCUCUCCUGUGUGCAGUUGAGUGUGCGUGAGGAGGUUGAUGUUUCCAUGAACAAGCUGAGCCUCGAGGAGCGCAACCAUCUCUUUGACAAAUAUGCCGUCUUGGAAUACACCGCACGUUACUGGUUGUCGCAUCUUCUCUCUUCGCCCUUGCUCACUGAUGAUGGAGAGUUCCAAUUCCAUUCCAACUUCAAGAAGCUUAUGCCUGCCACCGUUCUAUUCGCUCGUCUCGAAUUGACUUGCCGCGAGUCCCAAUUCACUCGGUCUAGUGUUGUGGAGCUCUACAGACUUGCGAGUGACAUUCGCCGAUUGGUCCUCGGCGAGAAAUCUCUCGCGCUGUUGGAAAGCUUGGUUCUCAGCGCACGCGUGUCCAAGUUGGCGUCUGCCAGCCACGCCGAUGAGACCUGCUACGAAGCGUGGAAGAUAAGCCAGGAGCUUCUCGGCCAGUCACACUCGAUUACUCUGGCAUGCUCCGAGAUGAUGAUUCAGUCAUUCUCCGAACGAGGCACGAUGACCUCUCAGCAGGAAGACAUCGUGAAGUACUUGAUCUUGACCGACUCCGAAAUCACCGGGGUGGAGUUCAACCAACGUCUAAAGUACCUUGGAAUGAUCGUCAGCAUGUACAAGUCUCGCCAAGAGAACCAAUCCGCGUUGUUCAUCUCGAAGCAAUUCUACCAGCAAGUUCUUCAGAAGUACGGCACCAAUUCGCGCCAGUCAUCCGAGACUGCCGACUUUUUGACCGAUCACUUCUCGACAACUGGAAGCGACGAGAUGAGCCGCGAUAUUGCCAGAACCAAGUAUGACAAUGUCGUGCGCACCAUGGAGGUCACCGACGAGCGCCGAAUCUCCUACACUCUGUACAUGGCCAAGAUGUACGAGGAUCAGGGUGAUAUUGCUCAUUCCCAGGCAGUUCUUUCCAGCCUGUGGGCUGGUCUCAACUCGCGCGAUAUUGACUCGGUUGAUAUGAUGGAUAAAAAGGCCAAUGUCGCGCUUGUGUACUACCAGUUCCUCCGCCGUCAGGGCCAAAAUGAUGAGUCUGAGGUCAUCAUCCGUGAGCUGGUUGCAGAUCUCGAGGUUACUGGUAUUCACUCUGAGGAGAUGUUGCAGCGCGUGCACCUUCUGCGCGGUGAGACUCGGGAGAUGCUUAUGUUCAAUCUCGAUCGCUCCUUGUCCAUUCUCAUGUGGCACUACUUCAAGGAGACCCACCAAGAGUACUCGGAGGAUUCAACCGAUCUGGCGCUCUCAAUUGCCCAAAGCAUGGCAAAUUCAGUCUCUAUGGAGAAUGCAUCCUCUCUGUCUUCUCGAGACCGCAAGCUGCUAGUUGAGCUUUUGGACGUUAUCUCCGCCAGUGAGGAGAACAUGACUGUCACCACUUUGAUCAUGUGCCACAACCUUGCCAGUAUCUACGUGCGUGAGGAAGACUGGAUCCACGGCAGUGAAUGCGUGAUGGCGGUUCUGCAGCACAUCUGGCCCAACGUCGAAAAGGCCAAGUCUCACCAGAAGUUCUCACACGAGCUGGCACCUCCCGUGGCAGACCUGGCUUUGGUGUUGGCUUACUGCCACUUCCGCAGGCUGCAUCUGGAACAGGCUACAACUGUGUAUGAGAAUGCCUUCGGUUCUAUGAUCGCCUCCGACAAAGUUCCUGUGCCGUCGGUUUUGGCCGUCGCUAAGGCCGUCGUCGAGUUCCACGAGACUUCCUACCAGUUCAACAAGGCGCUGACUUUGCUCCAUACCAUGAGCAACUUCCUGGCCGCCCGUCUCGGAGAGACCCACGAGCAUACCAUCGACAACAUGUAUCUCGAGGCUGCUUUGGCAACUCGUCUGGAGAUGAGCGGUGAGGCUAAGAGCAUCUACCAGCGCAUCUACAAGGCUACUUCCGAUAAGAACACAAUUGCAACAGUGGGCAUCGACGCUGCAAUUGCCCUCAUCACCCUCUACGAGUCGGAGAUGAAGUGGGAUUCUGCUUUGCAGGUUUACCGAUCACUCUGGCCUACCCUGGUUGUCGAAGACAACAAGGAAAAUGAAUACACUUAUGAUCAUGCGCUGAUCGACCGGAUGCUGGAGAAGACUUACAUGGGCUACAUGUCUAUUCUGACUACCCACAAGCGCUCCGAAUUCUCCGAGAGGUACGAGGUUGCCUCUCAGUAUGUCAUGACCUGUCGCCAUGUGCACGGCGCAACAAGCCAGAAGACGCUCAAUGCUACCUUGCUCUUUGCCGAGCUGUGUGAGUCCAGCGAUUCGUACGUUGACCAAGCCAUCUCGCUGUACAAGAUUCCUCUGGAAACCAGCGAGUGGGUGGAUCCUUCUCAGUCGUCGAAGGGUCUCGACCAGAUGACUACACCGCUGCCCAUCACCCUCAAGCACAAGCUGGCACAGCUUUAUGUGCGCAAGCAUGAUUCGACACUGGAAGCCCGUUCCCUCUACACCGAAGAGUUCCAGCUGGCCAAGAAGAACCAGGGCUAUUUCUCCACCACGACUCUCUCGUGGCUCCGUGAACUUUCCCUCGCCCAUUCGCGACAGGGAACUACUACUUCUGUUCAGCAGGGCAAUGCCAUUCUCCACGCCUACUCUACGGAUGUGCUGCAUGCCGACAGUGCCCCUGCCACAAUGGGCGACUGGGCCCGCCGGAUCGCAAGCAUCUACCUUGAGUGCGGCUUCAUCGAAGGCGGCAACAACCUCCUUGAUGAACUCCGCCACCGCGUGGUAUAUAGCUCCGAAUCCUCCGCCAUGAAUUUGAGUUCUCGUCGUGACGCCAUCUUCGUCGCUGCCUUCGAGGAAGUCUUCGGCAGACGUGCCAGCUACGACCAGAUCAUGAACGAGAUGGCUCGUGAGAUGAAGACUUCUCAAGCCUUCACCAAGAGUCUCUCUAGCCACGACUUCAUUCCCACUCUGGUCCAUGGUCACCAGCUCUACAAUCUUCAGAUCGGUCAGAAGCGAGUUCGCGCUGCCAACGAAACCAAGGAUAAGCUGUACGAAUACUUCUGCUCCAACUUGUCCGCCACCAAGGUCGCCGACAAGGGAAUCGUGCAGCAAUUCUACCAGAUCUGUUUGCGUGAGGUUCACAAUGACAACUACAGCACGAACAUCCUGACAACGACCACCGACCUUAUUCGUGAGCUGUGUAACUCCUCCCGUUUCCAGGAAGCCACCAUCCUGACAGGCGUUUUGCACUCCUUCAUGCAUCUCACCGACGGUCUCAACAACCAGGAGAGCAUCAACACCGCCACCCAGCUCUGCCUGUACCUGAGCGGCCACAAGGCAACCAAGUGCACCAACGAAAAGACCUACCAAGCCAUGUCGAUCAAGUCCAAGCUACUCCUGCAAGAGGUCAUGGCCGCCUCGAAAUCCAUGGGCAUUGAAAUGGUCGACCUACCCUUCAACCACUUGAACGACAUCAUCACCCUCCUGGGCCAGUACGAGAUGUUCGACGAGCUCGAAUCAAUCCUCACCCAACUCUGGACUUCCCGAAUCGUCCAGCGCACCUGGACACCAGACGUGGUGGUCUGGAUCGGCCGCCGACUAGUCGAAACCCGCUUCUGCAGCGGCAAAGUCGACUCCGCCAUCCAGCUAUGUCGCGACAUCUGCUAUAACCUUCGCCAGGUAUGGGGCAGCUGCGAUCCUGUCACCAUGGACAUGACCAAGCUUCUGUCCGCGAUGUUCACAGCAUCGGAGAACCACAAGUCUGCAGCGGCUCUGCACGAAGGAAUCCUGUACGACCUGCUCGGCGACUCCGAGGCCGAGGGCCAUGCCCGUGCUGCUGAUACUGCGUCGCAGCAUAUGGAGUUGAUGCGUCGUGCGCAGGAGCGUAUGGGAACUGGCGAGAGUGCGAGACGGGCUUCGGCGCAUGCGGAGCUAUACCAGUCGUUGGUUGAUCGCUUCGGUGUUCAGAGUGAGCAGAUGAAGAAUGCUGGUGAGGCUAAUGGUGGAGCGGAAUUCGGUGUUUGGUCCAAGCCUAGACGGUUCAGUAUUGAUGUUGAGGAUAUGGAGGAGGAUGGCCAGAUGCACCACAAUCAUCUACGUGAGUCUAGUGGUGCUCCGAGACGUAUCUCGGUGCAGGCUCUUUAA